AUGUUUGCUUUAUGUCGAGCCACUUCAAGAGCUGUCCAAAAAUCAUCUAUCAUUUCCUUGGCAAAUAAGUAUGUAACGCCUAGGACUCUUCCAGCCUUAGCUAGCAGCAGUACACGUGUUCAACUUCAACAGUAUGAACAGCGUUCUUCAUUUGCUACUACUACUGCUACGAGGAUUAAACGAAAUGGCGGUACAAAUGCGGGUACCGCUUCUGCACUCGCUCCAAACUGGGAAGCAAGGGCGCUAGUUAACGGUGAAAUCGAGGAACUGUCACUCGACUCGUAUCUUCAAGCUAAGCGAUACGUGGUGAUGAUUUUCUAUCCGUUUGAUUUUACUUUUGUGUGUCCUACUGAGCUAAUUGCAUUCUCAGAGCGAAUUGAUGAAUUCGAAAAACUUGGAGCCGAUGUGGUUGGGAUUUCUUGUGAUUCUAUACAUUCGCAUUAUCAUUGGAAUCAAAUUCCGCGUAAACAAGGAGGCGUGAAAAAUAUCAAAUUUCCAUUAGUCGCCGACUUUACCAAAAAGAUAGCAUCAACGUAUGGAGUACUGCACGCCGACUCGCAUCCGUUGAGAGGGCUAAUCGUAAUUGACGAUGAGGGAUUUAUUCGUGCCAUGCAAAUUUACGAUGAAGAAAUAGGCCGUUCAGUUGACGAGGCACUACGUGUAAUAAGAGCAAUUCAAUUCAACAAGAAAUAUGGUGAUGUUUGUCCAGCAAACUGGAAAGAAGGCGAAGCGACAAUCAAACCAGAUCAUAAAAAGAAGAAAUCAUUUUUUGAGAAUUUGGAAGAUUAA